UAGCCAGCACAUCAUUAGUCCGGCUUUGAUCUCGACGAGUUCGGAACGAUAAGCGCGCGCAUAGUUCGUAUCUUUGGAAGUAGGUCUCAUACGACAGUGUCCCAAAAUGAAGUGUCUAAUUGUGUUACUGGUUGUGACGGUUAGUUGCGUUCUGGGCCAGAACAUCAACGACGGACAGUAUCACCCGGAGAUUAUCAAUAGUAAAUUUGACGACGGACAGUAUCACCCGGGCAAAUAUGGCGGAGGACCUGGUGGAUCUGGAGGAUCCGCCGGUUUUGGAGGUUUUGGAGGUUCUGGAGGAUCAAACAAACGUACAGGUUCUCAGCAACCGCUUGGUGGCUCAUUAAACAUUUUACCUCCCGCUCCUGCCCCUCCCGCUAACAGAUUCGGAAGUGGAUCAGGAAGCGGUGGACAAUUCGGCGGCAUUGGUGGACAAUUUGGUUCUGCUGGAGGACAGCUCAGCUCUCAGGGUGCUGGCGCUGGCGUUGGUGCUGGCGUUGGUGCUGGUGCUGGUGCUGGUGCUGGUGGACAGUUUGGCUCUGGAGGACUAUCUGGCUCCGGAGGUCAGUUUGGUUCGGGAGGACAAUUUGGCGCUGGUAGCAAGAAAAGCUCUGGUUCCUCGGGCGACUCCGGAGCACAGGUCAACGUCCUAGAGGACACCCGUGAACAGAAUGAAGAUGGUUAUUUCUACAAGUUUUUGGCCGACAAUGAUAUCAAUGUUUCCGAAACCGGUAAAAUCGCUAGCAGUGGAUCAGAUGACUCAGUGCUCCGUGCCACAGGAUUCUACGAAUUUGUUGCCCCCGAUGGUGUCAAGUAUCGCGUCGAUUACGUCGCUGACGAGAAUGGCUUCCAGCCCAUAGGAGAUCAUCUGCCGACGCCACCUCCAAUCCCGGAAGAAAUUCUGCGAUCGCUGGAGCUGCUGAAGCAGAGAAAGUAAUUAUUAAAAGUGAGGGUGUAAUUUUGUAAGUCUGCUGGCAGUGACAAAUCUGUGUUCAUGGUAGCAACAAUAAGUUUGUACAAAAAAAAAAUUCAAUAAAACUCCGUUACUACAGACAAACCAACUGUUUGAAACAAAUCAUAUAUCAAUAUCACGACAGAAUACUCUGCCGUUGGUUAAAUUCAAUUUCAGAAUUUUGCAAUUUCAGCGACAUUCAUUAGUCAAUAGU